AUGGACGCUAUGAACAACACUUCCAACAACUCUACUCUUGCCAACAACGCACCUUCCAAGCCUGCUGUUACCGUUAGCGCCGCUCAGUGGUACCAACCCAAACCUCCUGGAAUGUGGUAUGGCAAUUUCUUCUUCAAUACCAUUCUGUACUAA